AUGUACGAUACUUCUCCCGGACACCCUAUCUUGUUCUUCCCCACCUCGGGCUCCCUCAACAUGGAGGACCUGCGCGUGGGGCACACCGUGUUUGUACGGUACGCCAUGAGGUGCUUCUUCUCGGAUCUGGCCACGGAGGCGAUCAAGGUUGAGGAGCUUAACUUUGUGAAGGUCAUCGCCAUGAACCUGGACACCUUGCUCUUCACCGCCUCGCUGUACUUUGACCGACAGUACAUCUUUCCGUACUUCCCAUUCCCCGAACCCAACCCCAACGCCUUCCCUUUCCCCGGCCCCCCUCCCUUCUUGUACGACAGAGCAACUGUGCCGCCUGCGGGGCCAAUGUGGCGCCACUCGGGGGAGCCGCCCCCCGUCAACGCGCCAGCACACGGCAGUUUCUGUCGGUUGUGUUGCGAGCUGGCGGAGGUGUUCAAUUUGUCAUUCGACUCCUUCAUCGACAGCAGCAGCAGCUCCACAACCUACUCAAAACUAAAACUCUUCAACUUUUGA